CAAUAGCAUCCACCCCUCAUUCAGAAGUGACAACUUCCCCUCUCAAAUGUGUCCACAUUGAAAUUCCGAGUCUGUGGUCAUAACUUAAGCCAAGCCCGGAGAGCAGGCGAUCCGAGAUCGCAAAUCUUGCUUGGUCAAACUGGCGAAUUAUUCCCUCAUACGAUGUCUUUUCUCGUAAAACUUGGCCUAAUAUUUUCUGUUUUCGCGAGCUGGGCAUCAUGCUUUACCAAAUUUAUACGGCCCCCAGAGAGGGACCCGGAUCAAGCAGCCGAUCAGGACAUGACGAAGAACAACCAUUAUGACGAUGGACAAACGAUCCCGAUCCUAUUUGAUACCAACAUUAAGAAGGUUGACCUCUAUAUUUGGCAAUUCAUAGACGCUGAAAAGAACGCGACCUCUCUCUUAGAAAGCGAUGGUACAUCGGAUCCUACAGGCUGGAAGGCUCAAUACGAUAUUUCCAACGCGACCGAGAACAACGAGGAUUGCAUUUAUUGGUUUUCGUUAAUUGACAGCAAAUAUGGCGGGACACUAGCGAAAUCCCAAUACGUAAACGUCAGCGCGCCGAAAGCCGAGGAGACCACGACGGAUUCGUCCGCAAGCGGAGAUACAAGUUCUACACUUGAGCCUAGUUCGAAAUCUGGGUUGUCUCGCGGUGAAAUUGCUGGUGUAGCAGUCGGUGCCACGAUUGGAGGUCUAUUGAUUCUUGGAUGUGUUGGAUGGAUGGUUUGGAGGAGACGGGCGAGAAUGAAAAACAAUGCGGCGCUGGCAGAGCUUCCUGGAAAUUACAACCAAGACCAGCCUCACUCUGAGAGACCGAAGAGUGAGCUACCUGCCGAGCCUGUGGUUUUUCCUUCAGAGCGUCCUAGGAGCCCUCCUAGAAUCUAUGAAGCACCAUGAUUAAAGAGACAAGAGGAAAGGUUAACAUAAUAAGAUAUCAUGAUUAAUACACCCUUAUUACCUAUACUUCUUAUCUUAUAAUUCC